AUGAGGACCCUGCAGAAUUUGGUACUCGUUCUCAUUCCUCUCCUGUUUCUCUUGGCGCCUACGCACUCCACUGAGCCCAUUCCGCAAGCUGCUGAUGCCGAUACAGUCGUAAACGCCGACACCUCCAAGAGCAUCCGACUGGACGCCAACUUACUCAUUCCCGACGGCGGAGAGCUGCUACUCAACAUCCAAGUGCCUCAUGAGCCAAUUCAGAUCCGGCCCAAGGGACCUGCAAAGGUCUUGCGAGUAUUUUCCGAUCAUGUCGACGGGAAAUGUGGAGAGGGCGAAGCUAUCAACAUUUUUGUAAAAUAUACCAGCUCCGUGAAACUUUCGGGUUCCGGCUCCCCUUCCAUAAUUCUCAAGACGGGAUGCCACGCUACUUCGUGCUAUGUCAAGGAAAUUCAGCGACUGAGGUGUAUGGCGACCAAGGGGAAAUUUGCAGUAGGAUUUGGAAGCCAGAAAGUGGGGAAUAUCCCCUGGGACGCCUCAACGAAAGUGUUCGCUGAGUAUUUGCAGAGAAUGAAUCGCAUCAACAAAGUGAGCGUCAAAUACAGCAUCGACGAGGAUCGAGCGUGUACGUUCUUCGGGAACAAUAUUACGAUAACAUUCGAGUCCAUGAAUAUUGCAGGAACGGAUGGAGAUUUGAUAGAAAUGACGGGAGAUGCCACUAACGCAGUGGGGGACGGUGCCGUGCUGGGUCAUGUCAUGUAUCCGCCCUCUGUGACGUCCACAGCGUGGGAGAUACGGAAAGGUGUACUUGUACCGGACCGGAAAGCGCUUUUUGUAGCGCAAACAGCUCCGGAUACGCUCAAGUUCGGGUAUACGAUACAGAAAGGAGAUAACACGACGAGACUGGAGUAUGCUAACAGUGAUUCGCUUGCGCUAUCGCUUCGAGCGAAUGGUGGUGUGAGGAUUGUAAAUGACGAUGGCACAAACACAAUUGCUAAUACUAUCCUGCCACCUCCGGGUUUUGCAGGCGAUUGGGAACGAGGAAUUGGCACAAGUUUGUCGAAAAGUAGCGCACUGGAGAUCGACGUGACGCCUCCAUACGUGGAAAUAGUGACUUCUCCUCACGAAGAUGGAACUUUUGGCAUUGGAGAGGAGAUUUUAGUUCAUGUUCAUUUCUCCCAGCCGAUCGUGGUGACUGGUUUGCCUACUGUUGUUCUGGAGACGGGUGCAGUGGAUCGAAUUAUUCCGUUUAGUCAAGUGCUAGCAGGAAACAUUGCAGAGUUCAAGUACAUUGUUCAGUCCAUGGAUACAUCGCCAGAUCUCACGUAUACGGGUACGACGGCGUUGCAGCUAAACGGUGGAUCGAUUAAAAGGAGGUCAACGACACCCACUACUAACGCUGUGUUGAAGCUUCCUUUUAACGGAGAAACGGGAAGCCUGUCAGUCAAUAAAAACAUGGUCAUCGACACUACAAGACCAAAGAUUCUGAGCGUCACGACAGCCGCAAAAGACGGAUUAUACACGGCUGGAGAUGUGAUCCCAGUGAUCGUCACCUUCGACAUGCCUGUUGUAGUGACUGGAUCGCCUCACUUACUGCUAAGCACAAGCUCCGUUGACCUGUUUCCUGGUCAGUUCGUGCUGGAGGCGCCGACGUUUACGUCUAACGAGACCGUCGUCUUUCCCUCGUAUUCUCUUGGACUCUCAGCACAGUCAAGCAAGGGACUCCAAUUCAAAGUUGAAGGCCAGAUUUUGACCGUCGAUUCGGUUCUUAAAGAUGAAGUGACAAUGGUGGAAACAUACACAGGGACGAAGGUUGUACCAGCUGCUCUGUCACUAAGAGCCAAUGUGCCGAUCUACACUCCAGGCUUCCGACCCGCCAAGUACUCGAGUGGAAGUGGAAUGAAGACGCUUACGUUCGUGUACACAGUUCAAAUUGGAGACGUAUCAGCUCGUCUAGCUUACAUCUCCACCACGGCUUUGCAGCUAGGAUCCGGAUCUAUUAGGCGACUAUCUACAUCGCCAUUUACGAACGCUGUUCUAACUCUAGCUACGCCCGGAACCACUGGAAGUCUUAGCGCCAGUGCAGCUCUCGUCAUUAAUACUGAUGCUCCCCAUGUCACUCAAGUGAAGCCAAUCACGCGCGACGGAGUGUACAAAGCUGGCGAUGAAAUCUAUUUCGAAGUGGUUUUUAACUUACCUGUCGUGGUUUCCCCCGUACCCUCUCUUUUGACCAAUAUCGCCACCGCAGGAGUCGAACGACUGGCGGUUUAUUCGGGUGGAAGUGGCACAACGUCGCUGAAAUUCAAGUUUGACUGUCUGAAAGAUGACCAAGCGACGGUAUUAGAUGUCAAAAAUGUAAACUCUUUACGAGCAGCUUAUGGUUCGAGUUUGGGUUGGAUUCGACGGAAAGCUGCAGCUCCCAUGCUACCUGCAAUACUGGAUCUACCUGGAGCAGGACUCUCAUCGAAGGGUAUUUCAGUCAACCAAGGCUGUGAAGUGGUGGCGGAUGUUUCUACUUCCCACGAAGAAGGAACGUUUGGAGCUGGCGAAUCGAUUGAUCUCUUAGUAAAAUAUUCUGCCUCUGUGAGUGUCGAUACCACAGGUGGCAUACCAACAUUGGUAACUUCCACUGGGAAGCAUGCAGUGUAUCAGUCUGGAACAGGAACCAAGACUUUGGUAUUCAACUAUGUUGUCCAACACUCAGAUAUUUCGGGUCAAUUUUUGUAUCCGGAUAUAUAUUCUCUCAGAACCAAUGGUGCGGUUAUCAAAGGUGUGGUCAGCUCUGCACUCUCGUCGACCCUCUUACCGCUAUCGCAGCUGAGUCAACUCAAGAUUAAGGACAAUUUAUUUAUCCAAACUUCGCCCCCAGUUGUGACGGAAGUAUCGACACGAUUCCAAGACCAAGUGAUCACUGUUGGAGACUCAAUUAUCGUCUUUGUGAACUUCAAUUACCCAAUCUAUGUACCUCCGCUAUCGGUGGGCGCUGGAGCUCCAACGUUGCUGUUGAACCUUGGAAUGGGCGACGGUAUCGCAUCUUCUUACGUUGCAGCUGAGGACGACGCAGUUUAUUUCUCGUUCACAGUAGCAGCUAGCCAAUCCGCCAGUAAACUCUCGUAUUUCGGCAGAACUGCACUUAAAUGUUCAGGUGGGGACGGUUUAAACAAAGAUUCAGGACAGAACGCUGGACCGCCGACUGCUGUUUUAUUCGGAGACGUUUUCGUUGCGAGUUGGGCUGAAAUGUCGUCAAGCAUGAAUACUCGACAGCUUCGCGUGAAAUCCUUCGACUUGCAGCAACUUCCGCCGCUUUCGAGCUUUGAAGACGGCGGCGAAGUGUCGUCUGUUGUGAAUUUUGCCUCCACAAUGGACGCAAGUGCUCCAGAACUGGUGAUAUUCGCGUCAAAACUCUAUUUAGUCUGGGUCGAAGCCAGCAGUGCUACCAGUAAUCCGACCCAGAUCCGCGUGGCUACUCUUUCCAGUCGCUCCAGUCUGAACUCACCUGCCCAGUGGACGUUUGUUGACGCUAAACCUGCUUCGAACUUGGGCAUCAACAAGGUUCCCACUGCGCAUGCUGCAGGUCCUCAUGUGGUGGUGCACAAUUCAAAGAUGUACGUUGCGUGGCAUGAGAAUCCAUCGGGUGUUACUCAGAUCCGAGUAGCAGUCUUUUCAGGGAUAGACACAGCUCCAGAGUGGACGUUUAUUGAUGGAAACCAGAACGCUCGUGGACUGAAUUACGCCGCUACUCAACCAGCCCAGAAUGUGCACUUGUGCUCGUGUGGAUCGAAGGGAAGCACAACCAAAACUCUUUAUGCUGCUUGGUCAGAAACAUCAACGUUAUCCGGUACAGCACAAAUCCGCGUUGCGGUCCAAACAGGAACGGAUUCUGCUCCUAAUUGGAGAUUUGUCGAUGGGAAUACAGCGACUGGACUCAAUAUUAACACGCAAAAGAUCGCGACCUCGCCGUCGAUUCAGUGUAUUGGAGACUCUAGCGUCGUUCUUGGCUGGCAAGAAGCCACGGGCAUUUCUGGGUCAGUGCUUUUUAUCAAAAAAUUUAACGGAGAUUUUACGACACCACAGUGGACGCGACUGGAUGGCGGAAAUGGUUUGAACUUUGAUGCGACUCAACCGGCUCAAAACCUUAAACUGUCAGUGCAAUUGCUAGGAGCAACUGAGAUUUUGUUUGCGACUUGGGACGAAAUGGAUAGUACUGGUACUGCUACACAGAUUCGAGUAGCGAAGCUUCUUCUGACAGGCACAGCUUACUGGAAAUUUGUGGAUGGAGGAACGAAAGUCUCGGUCAUAAACGGCGACGUCUCUCAUGUGGCUACGCAGACGCAUUCAAGCGGUAAAACCCACGCUAGAGGCAGUGUCCUGGAGGCUUCGGUGAAGGAGUGGCAGUCGAUGAGCCAAGGCUGCAUUCUUCGCGAGUCCACGACUUCAGUGACGUCUGCCAACUUGGUUCUUCCAGAGCUGAAUUCCCCAGGAUCUCUGGAUUUUGGCCACUCGAUUCGAGUUGAAACAUCCAAGCCAGCAGUUCAAAGCGUGUCUCUAGCUGGAGAUAUCUACUCCUCUAUCACAUCGGUUAAUACUGUUCAGACUAUUGACGUUUUUAACGUCGCAAGAAUCAAACAAGGAGACUACGAACUUAUCUACGGGGAUACAAAGACCUCAUGUAUAAGUUGGAACGCACCAGCUACAGGAGCCGGAUCGAUUCAGUCUGCUCUGGAGUCGAUUACAGGAUUGGCCCUAAAAGUCUCCGUAGCGCAAGAUACUGCCGCGUUCCACGACGGAUAUCGCUACACAAUUACAUUUAUUUUUCCGACAAUGGGUAUUCUACCGCUUCAAGUGAAAUCAAUUCCUGGUGUGCAGUGUCAAAAGCUCACGUGUGAUCCUCCAUCGACUCGCUAUUCGUGCGAUCUCGGCCUUAUCCAACCGAGCCAAAACUCGGACAUUCGGACUGCAGCAGGCGUCGUCGAUGCCGUGGUACGAUUCUCCUUUCCCGUGGUUGUACCCACCGGAAACCUGAAGUUAAGUAUCGAUACUGGAGCAACAGUUCGUGACGCUAUCUACACAACACGAAGCGCCUUGCAGGAGUUUGAUGUCGGUGUGAACAUGGCUAGCUCCUUGCUUGGUGGAGGAUUCCGCUUGUCCUAUGGUGACUUUAGUACGGGUGUGGGUGUGGGCCCGAUCUAUACAACGAAAUGUAUUGAACUCCUGACAAAUGAUGACGACGAAGUGCAAGAGCUGCUGUCCAAGUUGAGAGAGAUCGCUGUGCUUAACACCAUUGGAGUCCGCUCGAUUUCUAGACGUAAACUACGCAGCGGAUAUCGCUACGCUAUCGAAUUUCGCAAUAGUGGGGACAUGUUAGACUUGGUCUCAGCAGAUUCGUCAACGUGUCCUCGAAUCGCUGCCAGUACACAAACGAUCGAUAUCACAGCAGAUUCCGAAAUUUUAUCUGGAGAAAUAAAAAUCCAGCUCGGAGAUACCAUAAGUGGAUGUAUACCCUGGAACAUCCGAGCAAAGGGUCCAUCGAGCUCAAUGGAGGCUUUUCUGAAGCAUCUGGAGAGCGACCGAGUCAUUCCCGUGCAAAUUGUGAAAGAUCCGUCCGCUUAUAUACACGGUAUCAGAUUUUACGCUAGAUUCUCGAAUCUGGUGGACGCUCGUAGCCCACUUUUAGCGCUCACCGAUGCUGGAUGCGCGGCAUUUACAUGUAAACUGGUGGGUGGAGCAACCGGUGCCUGUACCGGUCUUUCUGUAAGGUCAAACGCGGAUUUUGAGGUAACUCGUGCGAAAUCUGAAGCCAUUUCGCUCCGCUAUCUGGUUCAGUCGAGCGAUGAAGCUACGACCCUUACGUACAAGAGUACGACUUCUUUAACGGGAGCGAUUCUGCGGUCAUCGAUGAAUCCGGUGCUAGCUGCAUCGCUAACUCUCCCACCGCCAACUGCACUUGUGGCACAGGAUGGGGUGACUUCUAUGGCAGUUGUGAGAUCGGAUAAAAUCCCCGUGGUUGAUCGCGUUUAUUCGCCUACUAUUGAUGAUAUAUAUACUGCUGGAGACGUGAUCGUCGUGCUGGUGGAGUUCUCUGACAAGGUUUUAGUGGAGGGCAAACCAAUUCUUGAGCUGGACUCGAAAGGUGAAGCUCUUUACACGUCUGGAAGUGGGACGGACGUGCUGAAAUUCUACUACGAAGUUCAGCCGGGAGAAGCGUCGACUGACUUAAACUACGCGUCGGUAUCUGCUCUACGAACGUUUACUGUUCCAAAGUCAAAGAUGAAGUGUGCGUUGUGUUCUGGCUCUGGCAUCGACGCUGACACGACACUCCCAAUGUUGGCGAGUGCAAGCCUGGCAGGGAACAACGCGUUGGUUGUCGAUACGACCAUACCAAUUGUCACUUUAAUUACCUCGAGUCGUGCAGAUACAGCGAUAGGGGAUGUUGGAUACGGCCCAGGCGAUGUCGUGGAUAUCAUCGCGACAUUCUCGACAGAUGUAUCUGUAAUAGGAACCCCAUCUUUAUCGCUAAAUUCUGGUGGAACAGCAAAGUUUACGUAUGCGGGGUAUCGUCAGCUACUUGACAUUGGGGUAAACGCUGUCGCUCCUGUAACAUCGGGACAAUUUGCCAUCGCUUACGACGAUGAAGUAUCGGGCUGUAUUGCUUUCAAUGAUGCAAGCAGCUCCGCAGAAACGUCGCUAAAAUCUCGUUUACUCGAGCUCAAAUCCAUUGCUCGGAUUGGGAUAUUGUCUGUGACUAUGGCCAAGAAGAAGAACGGGAACCGGUUCGAGAUUCUCUUCGACUCUACGAAGGUUGUCGACGUUCCUCUCUCCAUUGAGCUGACAGUAUCCGACAUGUGUGACCCUCUUCAACCAUCGUCUACUGCACAGGAAGCUCUGGUCUCUAGAGCCACGGACAAGCAGCUUGUGUUCCACUAUACCGUUGGCGUUGGGGAUACCGCUGCAGUCCUCAACGUCGUUAGCACCUCAAUCUCUCUCAAUUUCGGUGACGCGUCUAUCCUACGUCAAUCUGGAUCUCCCGUGAUUGUAGCAAAUGUUCCGACGUCACCGCAGAAUUUGGCUCAGACUAAAACCCUCAAAGUUGACGGAACUCCGGCUACAAUUUCCGAUAUUGUUUCGGACUCAGCGGCAGGGACAUACGGCGUUGGGUUUCCUGCUGUGGCCAGUCCGUUGUCUAUAGCUCCAGGAGAGAUUCUCUUCCAUCUCGUUUUCACUCGUCCGGUUGCUGUAACUGGGACCCCAACAGUGGAGUUAGCGACGGGAUCUUUGCGUCCAAGUGGAGAAUUUAUUCCAAAUCGAUUCGCCAGAUUUGUCAGUCAACCUCAACCGAACCAAGUGGCUUUCCUCUACCAUAUUCAAGUCGAUGACUACAGCGCAAACCUCGCAUUCCCAAAUGUUAACGUACUCAGUGGAGCGACUAUCUAUUGCUUAUCGUCAACGAUGUCUGUUCGUGCGUCACUAAUUCUCCCGAAACUAACAAUUAGCAGCGGGAUUAUCAUAAUUGACGCGUAUUCCGUCCCUGCGGCGGUAAAACUCGCUUCUUCCCAUGACGACGGAGAAUACGGGGCGGGAGAGUUGAUCGAAAUCCAAGUGAGUUUCUCCAAGGAGAUCGUUCUACUGUCAGGCCUCAAUCGGAACCAAGACUGGCACGCUCGGUACCCCGUGGCGCUGGAAUUCAAGAGGAAUAUCUACAUAAUGUGGACGGAACGCGACGAUAUGCACGCUCCCACGAAGAGUUUUCUAUAUCUGCGCGUGUUUUCCAGUGAUACGUUGAACGUUGUGCCCACCACUUCAGUCUCCGCGAUUAACCGUGUGCCCAAUACGUUUAUUGAGAAAGUGGCGAUGACGGUCUGGAAGCAGAAUCUUUAUGCGGCUUGGGACGAAGGAGGUUUGCUCUACUGUGCCUUAUUUGAGGGAAUUCCCUCGACGAACCCGUGGACGUUGAUCCCGAACAUGGGGAUCAACAAGAACAUGGCCAUGGCUGCUAGUGACCCCGUACUACUCGCUUACAACCUCGAACUUGUCGUGAUAUGGAGAGAAAAGUCCCUUCCUGUUGGUAGUAGCACCUUAACUGGACAGAUCCGAGUGGCUGUUCUUAACUACGACGUUGACGCUCCGCUGUGGAUUUUCCAUGAUGGCAACCAGAUCGACUCGGGGCUCAAUAAGAACAAACGUAUGGAUGCAAGUGACCCCACUGCAGUAGUUUACCGCGGGAGAAUGUAUGUUUCCUGGACUGAAAUGAAUGACGACGGAGCGUACGAGAUCGUGAUUGCAAGACGGAAUAUCCAAACUCGGGAUUUCUCGACGUGGACGUAUCUGGAUGCGCUGCCUUCUACCUUCCCCACAUAUAGUUUUCUGUCCGCUUACAAACCGCAGUUUGCUGUACGACGGAAAGGGAUCGAGGACAUGGCGCUGCUGAUCUCGUGGUAUCGAGAUACGGUGACUAGCAACGUGUCGGAAGUCAUCACUGGUCAAGUGCUGGACGUGGACUGGGAAGCCUCAGCUACUGGUAGUAUCCCUCGAACAAUCAACGCAGCGGAGGAGAAGACGACAGUGGAUAAGGCGAAUCCGAACUCGAUCGAACAAAAAUUUGUCACUUGUGGAGACAAAAUCUACUCGUCGUGGCUAGAUCUGGAGGGAAAGAGCGCAGAUGCCGCUUAUGUUUUAAAACUGGCCACUCUUCCGUCUGGAGUUGAUGUUUACAAGGGGUGGACUCAAGCUGGGAACCAAAGUAACUUGAACCACAACCCAAAACGUGACGCCAUCGACUCAUUCCUCGUGUGUUCUACCCCUUCGAAUAAUAACCCGCAGCCAGGCCUCGUGUGGACUGAGUAUGAUGGUUACUCUAUCAAACUGCGCUUCCGUCACUAUGCGGUUGUGCCUAGAACUCCUGGAACGACGAGUAGUACCUUCGGUGAGACGGUAGCUGGAGCCCCCGUACUUAUGUUAGCGACUCAGUCUAAUCCAAUCGGCUUUGCUGCGUGUAUCGACAAGAGCGGGCUUACAACCACAAUGCUAUCAUUCACGUACGUGGUGCAGCCAGGAGAGUCCUCACCGCAGUUAGAGAUCCUGGGCCAAGAUGCUCUAAAACUCAACGGCGCUGUGAUCCGAGAUAUCUCGGGAAAAGAUCCCGAUUUCACGCUUUUCCCGGAUUCAGCGAAUUUGCGAAGCUUGAGUUACAAUAGCAAACUGGCGAUCAAUACGACGCCGCCUACGGUGCUUAGUGUGACGUCCAAGAAUCCCUCGGGGGAAUACGGAGUUGGGCAAGUUCUCGAGAUUCAAGUCACGUUUUCCUCUCCUGUUGUGGUGAUCAAAGGAGAUCCCGCGAGUCCUCCAACUCUAUCACUUCGUUCCGAUGAACUUCAUUUACUCACGAGUUCUCAAGGAGUGGCGACGUAUACUGGAGGAUCUGGUUCAAGUGUCCUCACGUUUGAGUACACCACCAAUCAACAGGAUUACUGUGAACAGCUCGACUAUUUGGAUACAGCUUCGUUAGCGCUCAAUGGAAGUACGUGGGCUAUCAAACGGAAUGCGACGCGUCCUACGACGAGUGCUGCUCUCACCCUCCCACCUGUAAAGACAGCCAAUUCCCUCAGUGGAAGCCGUGCCAUUGUGAUUAAACCUACACAGCCUAGUGUCGUUCAAGUGACUUCUUCGACUCCCGACGGCACGUACUAUCCUGGAGAUAUUAUUCUUGUUGAUGUAGUUUUCUCGUUACCUGUCGUAGUAUUUGGAUUUCCGGUUUUACUGCUGGAAACUGGUGGCAAUACCCCAACACGAGCUUUUCUGGUUUCUGGCAACGGUACUGCGAAGCUUUCGUUUGAGUACAAAGUUAGAAUCGGAGACAAUAGUACUCGAUUGGAUGUGGUAGACGACCGAGUGGGAGACGAUCGGGCUUACUUCGUGCUGUCGCUACAGCUGGCAGGAUACUCAGAGAUCAAAAGAGCUUCGACCAACCCGUUUACGAGUGCAGUGACCGCGUUGCCUGCUCCUGGUCUGACAGGAUCCUUGUCGUUUAGCAAGAAUAUCAUUGUGGAUUCGACUCCGCCGACUGUUAUGGGAAUCCAAUCUCCAGUCAUUGACGGGACCUACGACAUCGGAGAACAGAUCGACAUUUUGCUUACUUUUUCGCGUCCAGUGGUCGUUACGGGAAUUCCCGAAGUUAUUCUCAACGUUCCGUCCGAAUACAGUCGCACUGCAGUUUACAUUGACGGAUCAGACACGAACAUCCUUCGGUUCUCGUAUUUCCCGAAACGAGGAGACAAUUCCCGAAAUUUGGCUUUGGAUAUUUUGGACGACAACUCUCUUAUUCUCCGUCCACUCCUUCGGGGUAAGGAGUUGUUACAGAACCCCGCAGAAAUCCUGUGUCGCUCUUUGAACCCAGUACUGCUCGCCGACAUUAAGCUGCCUGUUCCUGGAGUUGCUGUUCGUUCUGACGCCGUCUUGAGUCUCGUUGGAAAUGAUCGCAAGAUAUUCGUUAGAACGGAUGGAUUUCGGGUUAAAGCAAUCCAGUCCGAUGUACCGAGUGGGAUUUACUCUCCUGGUCAGAGAAUCGUCCUCUCGGUAGUCUUUACAGGCCCCACGGCUGUCCAAGGAAGUCCUCGCUUGAAGCUAAACUCUAAUACUGCAGCAUAUGCAGCUUAUAGUGGUGGAACAGGGACGUCUAAGCUUCGAUUUGAGUACAUUGUGACGACUGGAGAUAGCUGUACAGAGCUGGAAGCUGCCUCUCGAAGCGCGUUGGAACUUAAUGGGGGCGUAAUUUCUGACACUGAAGGGAUCUACGUGCCCUUACGUCUUGGAAUUCCUGCUCAACCUGGAAGUUUAUCGGCCGAUUACAGAAUUAAAGUCACUUCGACGCGUCCAUUGGUCCAGCGUGUCUACUGCAAGGACGGUGAUGGCAGCUAUGGCGUCGGGGAUACUUUACAUAUCGCAGUUGUUUUUACUCGAAAAGUUACUUUUUCGAAUCCUCCACCGUCGCUCUUACUUCGAUUUGAUGCGGGAACUCGUGCUGCGAUGUACCUUUUAGGAGAUAAAACGGAUACGCUCGAGUUUACGAUGCAAAUUUCAAGUGGGGACUCCUCUUCUCGGUUAGAUUAUGCGAGUAUAAAUGCUCUAACAGGUAUAAUCCUUGCGUUAUCUACCACGCCGAUGACUGCAGCGAACUUGGAGCUUCCGAUUCCUGGGAAUGCUGGAAGUUUGGCGAGUUCUACAGCAAUUAACGUAGUUUCAACACCUCCGAGUGUUUUAGACGUUCGAGCUGUUACCCGUGAUGGGAACUAUGGACUUUAUGACACUCUUCGCCUCCAGAUACGCUUCUCGUUUCCGGUUUAUGUUAGCUCUGCGGCUUCACAGCUCUGUGCGAUAGCUCUUGCAGUUGGAGACGUUGAACGUCGAAAAGCGGUUUACAUUGGCGGAUCUACCACAACGAAGCUGGAAUUUGAGUACGUCGUUCAGAUCGGGGACCAUUCGUCUCGUCUGGACUAUAUUGGAGCAAAUAGUCUGCAGUGUACCGCUCUUCAGCUCACAGCGGUACCAUCUCUGCAAGCCUCAAACACGUUGCCAUUACCAGGUGCAGUGGCAAGUCUCAGCUUCAAUUCCGCACUCCGAAUCGAUGCGUCAUCCCCGCGAAUCACCUCAGUGUCGUCUGGAACAGCGAACGGAGUUUACGGCGCAGGACAAGCGAUCGACAUUGCGAUGGCCUUUUCCGAAGCUGUUCUGGUUCCAAUGGGAGCUACACCGCGUUUACGACUCGCAGUUGCCUCGAAUAUACCAGUUGAUGCAUUGCUUGAGAGCACGAAAGAGCCGUACGCAAGGUAUACAGGAGGAUCGGGAACGAAUGUCUUGACAUUCACGUAUUCGGUUCGAGAAGGGGACAUGACGUUACCAUUGGAAUACGCGGGGAUGGACGCUCUCUCGAUGACGUCUCCGAGUGCUCAACUCACUGCAGGUGACAAGAAAUACCGAUACGCAUCGAUGCGACUGCCUGUGCCGGGUGCAACAGGAAGUCUCAGUAAUAAUCGUGACAUUCAUAUUGAUACACUGGAGCCUCCACGGGUGCUAAGUGUAGGGAGCUCCAUGGACGAUGGGAUUUAUACAGCGGGAGAUACACUCACGAUCUCAGUGACGUUCUCAACACCAGUGACUGUAAGUGGUCCACCGCCAACAUUGCUGUUAAAUACGGGGAAUCUAGACACGUCAGAUGCAGACAAGAAGGCCGUGUACGUCUUGGGAUCCGGUUCUUCAGUGCUAUUAUUCGACUAUAAGGUUCAGAUCGGGGACCGUGCUGAUCGAUUAGAGUACAAACCUUGUCCUCUUUCUGAACGAGGUGCCUAUAUUCAACGCAAAUGGAGUAAAUUGGUGCGUUGUUCUACUACAGCCAACGCACUGCAGCUUGGAGGAAGUGGGAGCAGUAUCAAGCGGUCAUCAACUGUCCCAGUUACGGACGCUGUACUGGAUCUUCCCGAAGUGAGCGACUGGGCAGAGCUACGUGUUGCCACGGCAAGUGAUGGUUUCGUGUGUGUCACGCAGAUGGAGCCAAGUACUGGUACCGAGAAGAACACUUUACGAUUAUUGAAGAAUGAAUUCAGUACUUCGCAUCAAAAAUCUGCUAUCAAUAUCUACAGCAACGGAGUUCCAAGCCACGAUACAGUUUUAGACGAGAAGAUCAAGGAGAAAAAGUAUUUUAUCGAGCUCCAACGAUUCCCGACGCUGCAGAGUCAAACUCUCAAUCUGUCGCGAGUGUCUGAUGCGUUCAGUGGCGUAUUUUUCAACGGAAUUUUAUUCAGAAGCAGCAACAAAAGUGCCAACAGCACAGACGAAUGUGGCGGAGCUGUCGACGCGGACGGUCACUACUUCUACGUGAACCUACCAAUGUGUUAUCUCGCAGCAAUUCACGAGCCUCGUGACGCUGUAGGAAGCAUUACAGGUCUGAGAACUCGACCUCCGUCUGUGAUUGUUGCGUACGCACUGGAUGGUUUCCCCAUCUACGGCUACUACGAUGAAAACGGAGAGCUUCCCAGUGACCUGGACGAGUGCCACGGCCGUAUUCGACGCGACGGACAGUACGCUUACCACUUGGUACCGCCUGAAACCUCCGCUUCCCCGUUUAUGCCUUGUCUUAAAGGCAUCGGGUCUCAGUCUCCCCUCUCAGUCUUCCGGUACCCAUCCGAUAUCUCUGCCGUGGAAGGUUUGUCACUCUCUGAGUUAGCCAGAUUCAACAGCUUUGUGAUCGACGAUAACCCUGAAGUCUACCACGCUGGUACAUGGCUCAACCCUGAAGGACUGUCGGUGGUAUACACGUCAACCACGGUAAUUGUCCGUAGCAGUGGUGUUCCUUCGGAAAGCUACGGAUCGUUCCCGAACGCCUACAAUCGCUUCAGUGUAUACAAACAAGACUACGUUUUCCAGUUUCCACGACAUCCUGCAAUUGCUGGAGCUACGACGUCGUUACCGAGGGAUACACCGAUCGGCGUUAUGGUAAACGGAGUCCCUUUUUUCGCUGCCUACUCCGACGUUUACGGUGGAGCUGUGGUAGAUACCAGUAACCCGGCGUAUAGUUUGCUAGAUAAAUGCAACGGACUAGUCGAUUCGGGAGGUGACUACAGAUACUACGCAAGUCCGGACUGUCUUCUACAUGAACUCGGCGAUAAAGCUGGACAGCCGUCGCCGUUGAUAGGCUUCGCGUUUGACGGCUUCCCCUUGUACGGACCAUAUGGGGAGAAUGGGCAGACGCCGAGUGAUCUUGACGCUUGCAAUGGACGAGUAGGCGACGACGGCACGUACCGUUAUCAUGUGACUUUGACAGCGCCUUAUUUGCUAGGGUGUUUUCGAGGCACCCCUGCUUUAGACCCGAAGGAUCUGGACGCUGCGAGUGAUUUGUACAGAAGUCUCAGCUACGCUCAUGCGCUGAGAAUCAACACGGAUCGACCUCAAGUGACUCACGUGUUCACUAAUAAACGACCAGGUGUGUACGUCACGGGUGAGAGCGUCGAUGUGGUUGUCGAAUGGUCCACACCCGUUCAGGUGCUAGGAAUCCCGUCACUUUCGAUCCAGAAUUCAUCACGUGUUGCCACGUACGACUCGUCAAGAAGCUCCAGGACGCAGACGGUUUUCCUCUACGUGGUAAGAAGUGACGACGUGAAUCUCGAGGAUUUCUCGUACGAUGCUCAUGCAGCCAUUCAACUGAACGGAGGGCGAAUCGCUCGAUUCGCAGCAGCUCCAGUUCUGGAUGCGGAUCUCAGUCUCAUUCCUAGUGAUCUGGACGAUGUCGACCUCAUCCGCAGCCAAUCAUCCGGCUUGUCGUCGAAGUUUCAGCUAGUACGCGACGUUCGAGUGGAGCUUCGUGGGUUGUACCAUCCUAGAGCUCAAGACCUUCGUGCUCGUCUCUUUCAUGGUAACCGCGAGAGUAUCAUCUUUGACGGCUGCUGUACGCCACGCGAUGCCUUUGGUGAACCCGAAAUGCCGAAUGUGUUAAUCAACCGAGCUCAACUUGCGUCUGAGCCACGGAAUCCAACUAGUGGCGUUGGUUGGGACUACAGCUUUAGCGAUUUCAACGGCGUGAAGAACUUGGCUCUUGGUGGCGGCGCUACAGCGUUACAGAGCUCUACAAGCGGCACUUGUGGACCCAUGAAUGCCAUCGAUGGGAAGAUUCGAGGCGUGGCUGUAUCAACGCAAACAGUGGCGAGAACCUUACCUGCAAACGAAGCGAAUGAGUCUUCGUGGUGGGAGUUGCGCUUAUUAGACGUUGCCACGGUCGGCACGAUACGUAUCUGGAUAGCAGAUAGCGACCCGAGCGUUCCAGUCGAUCCCAUGUUUCCGUUCUGGGUCUUGUUGUCCGACAGCUCGGCUGUAAUGGACGUUGAGAGUUUCGCGGAUGCCUACGCUCGAGCCAUUUUUUCUUAUCGCGUCGACGAAAGACAGGCGAAUCGUAGCGUUAUUUCAGUAAUGCCUCCGCUCGGCACCAAGGCGCAAUACGUGCGACUCGUAGCCGAACUGCCCCGUGGAGUUUUGUCGAUAGCGGAAGUUGAAGUGUUCACGGAACAGAGUCACGUUUUGUCGCAGUACGCCGGCGGAACCCCCGUUCGAACGGCGUAUCAUCCAGGUGGUAAAAUGUGGUCCCCUGAAGAGCCUUUCCGCUAUACUUUUAGUGGUAUGCCAAGUGAAGGUGCAUGGACUCUGGCGGUUGAGGAUACGGCAGUUAAUGGGAGCAGCCUGACCCCACCAAGACCGAAUACCACUGCAGGCGGCAUCUCCGACUGGGUGCUUUUUAUCACAAACCAAGCAGGAGAAACGGUGUCUUACUUCAUGGAUUUCCAGGCUCAACUCCACGCUCUACCGCGACAUGGGACGCUGUACGUCGGUCUGGACGAGACAGAACGCGACCACCUCGAUAUCGAUGGCAAUGGGCUACUGGAUUCCAUUGAGGCAGACACGUAUCUCCGCCGAUAUUCCCCCAAUGGUUAUACUGAGCUAUCCUCGAAUAAUCGAGAGCGCGAACUCAAAGAAUUCAUGCUAAGCUAUCAGGAAUAUGGAGCGGUGCAAGCUCUGCGCGACCCCAGUGAGCGUCAGCUGCGUCUUCCGUCUUCGGUUUGUAGCGCAGAAUGCCUAGCAGCUAUUAAGCUCGACCCGUACUUCUACGUGGGUCUUGAAGGCGACAGAGCGUUGAAGUUACUGAGAGUGGUUGGCGAUCGAAUGGUCAAGUACGUCCCGGACGCUGGUUUCCGUGGGUUGGAUGCGUUCACGUUCUCCGUCGCCGUCACAGGACAGGAAUCGCUUGUAUUGGGGACGAUCCAAUUGGCUGUAAAAGAAUGCGAGGAUCCCGAGUGCCGCAUGUCCAGCUUCCUGCUGCAUCGUAAGACGCGGUAA